UCUGUAGGCUGGGCCCCGUCAACCUUUGUGUCUUCGCGGCAGCAGAAAGCUGAGAAGCAUCAUGCCCGACCAGAAGACUUCAUGGACGAGGAGGACCUCGGUGAGCACGGCAUCGCUCCCUCAGAGAUCAGCACCAGACAGGAGUUCACCUCCAGUCGCAGAGACGCCAUCAGAGAAAAGGCGAAAGCCGUCAACGCUCAGUCAGCAACGAUACCUGGAGACACUCUGCUGGAGGAGCUGAUCGCACCGACCAGGUCAUCCAUCGGGGUGGAGCUUCUGAAGAGGAUGGGAUGGAAGGAGGGUCAGGGUGUCGGACCUCAUGUGAAGAGGAAAGCUGGUCAACAGCAGACGGACAGAAGAAGUCGACUGUACGGAUCUGUGCUGCCCCCUGCUGGAUCAGAGGACUCACAGGGGGAUGAUGAUGAUGAUGAGUUCGCUCCAGAGGACGUGAUGUUUGCCCCAAAGGAUGUGACUCCGGUGGACUUCAACCCCAGGCUGGGGGUCCAGGGUCUGGGGUACCGCGGUCUGGACCCAGGUCUGGCUCUGAUGGGCCGCGGAGCCCCUGAACACCUGGACCUGUUCAGACCUCAGUCCGAGACCAGGAGCCGUCUGUUCGGAGACAAGAGAGGCUCCAAGAGAGGAGGCGUGGCCGGACAGGCGUUUGGGGUGGGGGCCCUGGAGGAUGAUGAUGAUGAAGAGGUCUACCACAGAGACUCCAUGUCCAGAUACGACACGGUCCUGGGGGGGGAGGAGCCUGGAGACGGACUGUUCGGCUGGACUGCUCCGCAGCAGUACACCAAGAAAAGAGACAAAAGCAAAGAUGCAUUUUACAUCGGUAAGAUCCUGGAGGGAUUCACUUUGGCCCAAAACCCAUCUGAGGACAAACCGGUCUUCCCCUCCCCCCCUCUGCCCAGAGACUACCGUCCCGUCCAUCGGUUCCGUCCGUCCCUCGAUGCCUCGGGUCUCUCGGGGGUCAGUCCUGCACUGGCCGAGGCUCUGAGGGUCUCCAGGGGCCACAUGGUCCCAGAGGAGCCCCAACAUGGGGGACGCCACCAGCUGGACUCUGGUCAGAGGAGGACGCUGCUGGGAGAAGACGCCCUGCAAGGUCCCAGUUCAGUCUUGGAGCUGCUGAAGCCUGAAGACAGACAGCGACUCCUCAGCAUGCGCACCACCUCCUCCCUUCUGACCUCCACUAAGACCUCCCAGGAUGCCGUGCGGUCGUGGGCGGGGCCUUCGGCGGAGGGUGCCGAGGACUCUGGACUCCGGCAGCAGCAGGAGGCUCUGACGGCGUGGAGAGGAGUCCAGACCUCCUCUCAGACCUUCAGACCCUUUGAGCAGGACCCCACCAAACAGGCCCGCUACGAGCUGUACCUGAACCGGCUGAAGCAGGGAGACAGAGGUGGUCUGGAGCAGAGUCUGGACCCGGGUAUGACUGAGUGGGAGCGCAGCAGAGAGAGGGAGGAGUUCGUCCGAGCAUCCAUCUUGUACAGACCCUCCUCCUCCUCGCUCUCCUCCCGCUUCACCAGAGCCAAGACCCAGGAGGACGAGGACAGCGUGGAGGUCAGCCGGGACCAGGAGAGCGACGUGGACGACAAACAAGCCGCAGUGAACAUGAAGAUGUUCGGUAAACUGACCAGAGAAACGUUUGAGUGGCAUCCAGAUAAACUGCUCUGCAAGAGAUUCAACAUCCCAGAUCCUUAUACCGGGUACAUACAUAUAUAUACACAUAUAUACAUACACAUACAGUGGGUACGGAAAGUAUUCAGACCCCU